AGGACUGUCCUUCGGGUAGUGAAUAUAAUCCUGAAACUAAAGUUUGUGAUGACUGUCUGCGUGGCUACUACCGAAACAAAACGGACCCACAACAAGUUAAAUGUCAGAAAUGUCCAGACCAAUUCAUCACCGUGGGUACCAAAGCCACCAGUGUCAAGAAUUGUACCAUUAAGGACUGUCCCUCGGGUAGUGAAUAUAAUCCUGAAACUAAAGUUUGUGAUGACUGUCUGCGUGGCUACUACCGAAACAAAACGGACCCACAACAAGUUAAAUGUCAGAAAUGUCCAGACCAAUUCAUCACCGUGGGUACCAAAGCCACCAGUGUCAAGAAUUGUACCAUUAAGGACUGUCCUUCGGGAAGUGAAUAUAAUCCUGAAACUAAAGUUUGUGAUGACUGUCUGCGUGGCUACUACCGAAACAAAACGGACCCACAACAAGUUAAAUGUCAGAAAUGUCCAGACCAAUUCAUCACCGUGGGUACCAAAGCCACCAGUGUCAAGAAUUGUACCAUUA